AUGGCAUCUUGUAUAGUUAAUGCUCGGAGUAGUCGCUAUUUACCUAAAGUUUUAGCUUCGACAACAGAAAACUAUGAAACAGAACAUUUUCAUUAUGAUCAUUCAACAAAUUCAAUUGAUUGUAAACUUUUAAUAGAAAAUCCAUAUUGUUCUUAUUUUCAACAGAUCUAUCCAACAAUAGUAAAUGAACAUGAAUUAAAUGAAGAUAUGUUAAAUGUGAUUAAAUCUUAUACAAAUAGUCGUGCCAAUGAAUGUUAUAUAAAAACAAAUCUUAAUUUACUCAGUGCAAAUUUCGAUGCUAUUGAUUGGUUAUAUGUUAAUAAACUUCGUUCAUUAAUUCGAGCUUUAAAUCAAUCGAACAUAAAACAUGUUUAUUAUCGUGGUUUAACAUUAAGUGAUAAAGAAAUACAAUAUUAUAUAGAUAGAAUCGAUGGAUUUUAUUAUACAAAUUCAUUUUUAUCAUUUACAACCGAUCGUUUAUUAAUCUAUCCUGGUAAUGCAAUAAUUAUACUAAAAACCGAUAAUUCAAGUGAAUUAGCAAAGAAAAAUAUAGCGCAUAUAUGGAAAUGGAGUGCACAUACUGAUGAAAAAGAAGCUCUUUUAGCUGUGGGGACAAAAUUAAAAGUUUUAACUGUACAUUAUUUUGGUUACAAAUGGGAGAUUGAAGUUGAACUAGUUGCAGACGAAGAAGAAGAUCAAUAA